AUGCCCACUCUUCGUGUCCUUGCUGGUCCUUCGCCUCAGCAACUUAGUCCAAUCACUGAACUCGUCAACUCCAACAUCCCCUUUGCCAUUCGGUCGGCCCAGUUUGAUGGCAGCGUUGUCGUUUUCAUCAAAGGGCUCAACCAGGUCGAUCCAACUUCCCAGACUUGCGCAGAGAACGAGUACUUUGGUCGGCAGGAGCGCAGCGGAGUCACCUGGAGCAUUCAGGUUCAAGGACGAUUUCUGACUCCCCGUUCGAGCAACGACAUACUUUUUGGUAAUAUAUUUGAACGACCGCUGAAGUUACCUUGGGGAACCGGCGCAGCGCUCAAGUUCAUGAAACUCAUCGACCCGACACUCUCGCAUGACUUGACAUGUACUGCGACAUCGAAGCCUUGGGCGCUCUCCCCGCUUGUCUCUACCAUGCCGUACCUCAAACACACUCGCGUCGAUGCCAAUAAUGCUCCACCGAAAUUCCCCUCUCCCGCCAGUAUCACGGACGACACUGAUUCACUCUAUCUUUGUGCUGCCUCCGACUUUCCCACCUCCCGCGCGGGAACUCCAUCGUCUAUGGGAUCGUCAAGCUCACAAUCCAGUGGGUCGAGUUCGCGCAGUCAGAAGAGCGUAAAGAAAGCGAAGAGUCGUGAUGUUCCCCGAGCAAUGUCUUCGCAACAACGCCGCUCCUUCUUUUCCAGCGAAAGUCACAGGCAGGCGGUCGUAUUUGGCCCCAACGACGUCAUUACGACUGAUUUCUGCUAUGGAUUCCUGGAGUUUGCGCCAGCGCUGCGGCUCAGACUGCCUGGCGGACUGGGUUUUGAUCUCGCACGGUAUUGGGAUGGUCAACCAGUCAGAUUUGUUUGCUGUGAGAGAAAGUGUGAAGAUGAUGGCUCUGACGAUCCUUGGGGUCGCCCUUUGUGGUGUGUCUCGAUUGAAUUGGACUCUGAAGAUGGAUUAGAUUGUACUGCCUAG